AUGAAUGAAGUGGUCAAGGGUGAUGGUGAGGAUGAUGAAGGUGAAGUGUCUGCUGAUGGAAUGAAGGUGGUCAGGCUGGUGAAGGUGAUUGAAGACACCACCAGAAGACCCCUCUGGAGGACAGCCACCAGAAGACCCUCGCACCUCUUGAGGACAGCGCCCAGAAGAGCUAGCGCCCCUGGAAGACAGCCACACCGAAGACAGCCACCAAGACGACCAGCCAGAGGCCUACUGGAAGGACAGCCACCAGAAGACCUCGCCCCUCUGGAAGACAGCAGCGCCAGAAGACCACGCCCCUCUGGAAGACAGCCACACGACAGAGAAGACCCACACCCCCCCUCUGGAAGACAGCCACCACCACCUGCCCCUCUGGAAGACAGCCACCAAAAGACCACCCCAUCUGGAGACAGACCAGAGACCUCGCCCCUCUGGAGGAACAGCCACCAGAAGACCUCCCCUCUGGAAGACCAGCCACCAGAAGACCAGGACCACGCCCUCUGGAGAGACAGCCACCAGAAGAAGACCCACCAGAAGACCCGCCCCUCUGGAAGACAGCCACCAAGACCUCGCCCCUCUGGAAGACAGCCACCAAAGACCUCGCCCCUGGAAAGACAGAAGACCACCCUGAAGACCAGACGCCCCUCUGGAGACAGCCACCAGACCGACCACGCCCUCUGGAAAGACAGCCACCAGAAGACCAAGCCCCUCUGGAAGACAGCCACCAGAAGAACCCCUCUGGACAGCCACCGGAAGACCCUCGCCCUCUGGAAGACAGCCACCAGAAGACCACGCCCCUCUGGAAGACAGCCACCAGAAGACCACGCCCCUCUGGAGGACAGCCACCAGAAGACCAGAAGACCCCGAAGACACGCCCUCUGGAAGAUGCCAGCAGCCAGAAGCACCACGCCCCUCUGGAAGACAGCCACCAGAAGACCUCCGCUGCCUCUCAGGAAGGACAUUGACCACCCCCUGGAAGACACCACCAGAAGACCACCCCUCUGGAGAGACAGCCACAGAAGACCACGCCCUCUUAAGCCACCAGAAGACCACGCGAAGACGCAGAGUGUCGGGAACAUGCCACCAGAAGACCUCGCCCCUCUGGAAGACAGGCCCACGCCCACCAGAAAGACUCGCCCCUCUGGAGGACUAGCCACCAGAGACCCACGCCCCGCCUCUGAAAGACAGCCACCAGAAGACCUCGCCCCUCUGGAAGACAGCCACCAGAAGACCUCCGCCCUCUGCCCCUCUGGAAAGACAGCCGACCAGAAGGAACCACGCCCCCCUCUGGAAGACAGCCACCAGAAGAACCACACCUCAGCGCCCUCUGGAAGACAGCCACCAGAAGACCACGCCCCUCUGGAAGACAGCCACCAGAAAAGACCCCCUCUGGAGGACAGCCACCAGAAGGACCACGAGGACAGCCCACCAGAAGCACCUCGCCCCCUCUGGAAAGACAGCCACCAGCCCCUCUGGAAGACAGCCACCAGAAGACCAAGCCCCUCUGGAAGACAGCCACCGGAAGACCACGCCCCUCUGGAAGACAGCCACCGGAAGACCCUCGCCCCUCGGAAGACAGCCACCGGAAGACCACGCCCCACUGGAGGCAGCCACUCAGAAGACCUCUGGAGGACAGCCACGCAGAAAGAACUCUGGAAGACAGCCACCAGAAGACCAGAAGCCCCCUCUGGAAGACAGCCACCAGAAGACCACCCCUCUGAAGACAGACCCAGAAGACCACGCCCCUCUGGAAGACAGCCACCAGAAGACCGCGCCCCUCUGGAAGACAGCCACCAGAAGACACGCCCCUCCUGGAGACAGCCACCAGAAGACCACGCCCUCUCGAGACAGCCACCAGAAGACACGCCCCUCUGGAGAGACAGCCACCAAGACCAGACAGACAGCCACGCCCCUCUGGAAGACACCAGCCAGACAGAAGACCUCGCACCAGAAGACCCGCCCCUCUGGAGGACAGCCACCAGAAAGACUCGCCCCAUACUGGAAAGACCAGCCCACCAGAAGACCAAGCCCCUCUGGGGACAGCCACCAGAAGACCACGCCCGCACUUGGAAGACAGCCAGCGCAGAAGACCUCGCCCCUCUGGAGGCAGCCACCAGAAGACCACCAGACAGCCACCAGAAGACCCACGCGCCCCUGGAAGACAGCCACCAGAAGACCUCGCACCCAGAAAGACGCUCAGCCCCCUCGCCCCUGGAAGACACCCAGAAGACAAGACAGCACCAGAAGACCUCGCCCUGGCUUGGAAGACAGCCCUCCCCCUCUGGAAGACAGCCACACAGAAGACGGCACGCGCCCUCUGGAGACAGCCACAGAAGACCUCGCCCUCUCUGGAGGACAGCCACCCAAAGAAGACCAACCCCUCUGGAGGACAGCCACCAGAAGACCUCCGACCUCGCCUCUCUGGAAGACAGGACCAGAACAGCCACCAGAAGGACCACGCCCCUCUGGAAGACAGCCACGAGAAGACUCAAGCCCUCUGGAAGACAGCCACCCAGAAGACCACGCCCCCUCUGGAAGACAGCCACCCAGAAGACCCACGAAGCCACCAGAAAGGAGACCUCGCCCUCUGGAAGACAGCCAGCGGCGCAAAAGACCUCGCCCUCUGGAAGAGCAGCCAUCAGAAGACAAUCGCCGCUGCUGGACAGCCAGAAAGACCACGCCGCUCUGGAAGACAGACCAGACAAGACUUCGCCUCUGGACCACCAGAAGACCACGCCCCUUGGAGCCCCCUGGACAGCCACAGAAGACCUCGCCCCUCUGGAAGACAGCGCGCAGAAGACCACUCUCUGGAAGACAGUCCACGCAGAAGACAUCGGCCUCUCUGGAAGACAGCCCCAGCCAAGACGGCCUCGCCCCUCUGGAAGACAGCCACCAGAAGACCACGCCCCUCUGGAAGACAGCCACCAGAAGACCACGCCCCUCUGGAGGACAGCCACCAGAAGACCACGCCCCUCUGGAAGACAGGCCUCGCCCCUCGGAAGACAGCCACCAAAGAACCUCGCCCCGUCUGGAAGACAGUACAAGCCACCAGAAGACCUCGCCCCUCUGGAAGACAGCCACCGGAAGACCACGCCCCUCUGGAGACAGCCACCAGAAGACCACGCCCUCUGGAGGACAGGCCACCAGAAGACCACGCCCCCUCUGGAAGACAGCGCACGCAGACAGCCACGCAGAAAGACCACGCCCCUCUGGAGACAGCCCCUCUGGAAGACAGCCACCAGAAGACCAAGCGCCCCUCUGGAAAGACAGCCACCGGAAGACCAGCGCCCCUCUGGAAGGACAGCCACGAAAGGCCAACGCCCCUCUGGAGGAACAGCCACCAGAAGACCACGCCCCUCGCCCUCUGGAGGACAGCACCAGAAGACCACGCCCUCAGACAGACCAGCCCCUCUGAAGACAGCAACCAGAAGACCACGCCCCUCUGGAAGACAGCCACCAGAAGACCACGCCCCUCUGGAAGACAGCCACCAGAAGACCUCGCCCCUCUGGAAGGCAGCCACCAGAAGACACCCCCCUGGAAGACAGCCACAAAGACCUGCCCCUCUGGAAGACAGCCACCAGAAGACCACGCCCCUCUGGAAGACAGCCACCAGAAGACCAGCACCACGCCCUCUGGAAGACAGCACCAGAAGACCACGCCCCUCUGAAGGCAGAAGACCACGCAGAGGACCACGCCCUCUGGAAGAAGAGAAGACCAAGACAGCCACCAGAAGACCACGCCCCUCUGGAAGACAGCCACCAGAAGACCUCGCCCCUCUGGAAGACAGCCACCAGAAGACCUCGCCCCUCUGGAAGACAUGCCCGGAAGACAGCUCCACGCCCCUCUGGAAGACAGCCACCAGAAGACCACGCCCCUCUGGAAGACAGCCACCAGAAGACCUCGCCCCUCUGGAAGACAGCCACCAGAAGACCACGCCCCUCUGGAAGACAGCCACCAGAAGACCACAGCCACCAGAAGACCACGCCCCUCUGGAGCACCAGCCACGCAGACAGGACCAAGCCCUCUGGAGGACAGCCACCGCCCCUCAAGCCACCAGCCAUUACAGCCACCCCCCCUCUGGAGGACAGCCACCAGAAGACCAAGCCCCUCUGGAGGACAGCCACCAGAAGACCACGCCCCUCUGA